UGUCUGUGGUCGGACGAUCAAUCUGGCUUUAUACGGGGAGUUGUUUAUUAACAGCUCGUAUUUGUACUUUUUCGGUGUUAAAUUUUUACAAUUGAACUAUUUUGAGAAAAUAGAGGUAUUUAAAUGCUGCAGCCUUCAACUAAAUAGUUACUAAAAAUGUGUGAAGAGUUAGCAAAAUAUAUAUGCAUGAUAGAAAACAACCAGUAUCAUUGAUGGACAUCAUAUGCUGAAGCUUGUGAAGUUGUUUAUCAAUUUUCAAUUGAAUUGACAUCGAUUUACCGUACACAGUGUUAUAAGGAAUAACAAAGUUGAAUCAUUUCAUCAGAGUAUACAAUCUCUCAGUUAUUGUGAAAAAUGCGAGGGCGCAGUCAUACCACACCUCGUCGUCGUGGUCCCAAACUGCCACUACCAGCACCAUGUCAAGGAAGCUAUGAAGAGGUUUCAGAGUCACCUUACUAUACUAUUGAUAAUACGGAAGAUAUUUAUGGCACAACCCUCUUGCCGUCGCAGCGCUGUUAUGUGGAUCCGUGGGAUUUGGAGAAUUACGACUAUGUCAGAAAAAAGCUGGAUUCAACGCCAGUACGUACUUCCCCUGAGCCUUACUAUGAAACAUCGAUGCCGAUUUGCCCUUAUUAUAGUGCACCGCCAAAAAUGCAUGAGAAAAUACCGAAUGCACAACAAAAGCGCAUGGCCAAAACUAUGCCGCGAAAUCGACGUCGUUCCCAUUGGAACCAGUCAUGUCAGCUGCGUUGUUGCACAUCAUCAGAACCAAUGUUACGUCCACAUAUGUAUGAAGAUACUCGAAGUGAACUUUUGGGUGUUGGUCGUGGCAAAUACGAAGAUUAUAUGUCGCGCGUUAUGAUGAAUCUAGAAGCCGAAGAGGAUGCAUACAAUGGUAAUGGGAGCGUUUCAUCAUCAUCUUCCACGGAGUUGGAUAGCUCUAUUGGUGAAGGAUAUUAUCAAGCACAGUCAAUAACAUCGAAGAAAACUUCUGGCUACGAUGCCGUAACAUUACCAUCAUAUGGCCGACCUUCACCACAAUUGCAGUUCCCAGCGCCUCCCUCACUUCCACCACCAACCUUUUCGCAUGAUUACUCCAAUCCUUAUGCAACUCUACCACAUUGUAGCGUUUCUGAUUGUUAUGAUUGCUCUAUGAUCUAUGGCUCUCCACAACCUGUAUAUGAUUUAUACAGUAACGGAGAGUGCAGCAAUAAAGGAAGUACGAUUUACAGCAGCACAAGACCGUCCUCUUCACUCUACAGCGGAAUUUACGCGCAUAAAUUCGGGUUGAGUAAAAAGGGACUUCUGCAAAUUGACUAUUCCUGCAGUUGGAAUGAUCUGGAUCGUAUUAUGAGCCGUCAUUUUUAAAUAUGCAUAUGAACAGCUUCGGAAAGAGCCAACUUAUUAUAACUAUUCAUUGUAUUGAGAUAUUAAUCUUAUUAUCGUUAUUGUUGUGCAAGUAAUACUAUAUAUAUGUAUAUUAGG